AUGUUCCAAGCAGGAUGGUCUCUUUGUCUCCUUGCACAGGCAGCGGCAGCCGGCCAAUUGCACGACCAGACAGCCCUCAAGGCAGCUGGAGUCUCCGCACCACGCGGCCUAGCUCCUCUCAGUGACGUUCCCGACGAGGAACUCUUGGCAGACGGGGAGGGCGCAGAGAAUACCGCACAUCUCUUGAAGCCACAAGUCCCGCCACAAGGCCUUGCUCUUCUAAAAGAAGAUCUCCAAUGGCUGAGGGACAUCACGUUUUCUGCCAUCGGCCAGCCGCCCUUUCCUUGGACACUGGUUUCCUUCUGCCUUUCCUGGCUGACUGUCUUGGCCAGUGCCGGUCUUGUGCGCUCCCUGCUGUCCGACAGGCAGCUUAGCCCAAGCAAGUGUGUGGAUGACCUCCAGGAGCCGGGGGAGUCCGGAGAGCCGGAGGAGGAGGAGGCCCCCAACAUUCCUCCACCGAAGCCAGCCCCGGACAUGACCAGCGCUGUGCUACUCCAGCGGGCUACCGAGAAGGAAGAGGAGGCGCAAAGGAGGGCAGUGCAUAUCCGGACAGGGCAGAAGGACCACGGAGAUGUCUUCGGGUGCUCAGCACUGCACGUGGCAGCACACAACGGCCAUUCAGAGGAUGUGGCGGAGUUGCUGUCAGCAGGCUUCGAUGUAAACGCAGAGGACCACUUCGGAGAGACACCGCUUCACAUGGUGGCACGUUCGGGCUGCCUUGACACGGCAACACUUCUACUAGGGCAUGGCGCUGACAAAACCCGACGUAACUGCAACGGCUUGACGCCCUCGGCCGUGGCGAUGCUUCAUGACAAGUCCUUUGCUGCCAUGCUCGGCACCGGCUCGUGA